GCACUCACUGCAAAAAUGAGACAGUCGGGCCGCGGUGACGUUCCCUGAGUUAAAGUAUUGACAGACAGCUGGGACACAGUUUUUAUUUCUCACUUUUUCACUCAGACUGCAAGAAUAUUGUGUGUAGAAGCUUCUUUCUCCUCCAAUACCUUGGACGAUACAGCAUCACUUCCGGUACUUCAAAUCAGGCUUUCCAACAGGCUCACCUGCCGCAGGUUACCCUGUGCAGCCUGCCUGCGAGAUCUGUAUGACGGUAAAGAAUCCGGAGCGCCUGUAAAAAUCCCACCCGGAUCUCAACAUCCAUUCAGCGAGCACUUCCUUGAUCCAACCAAUCAAAUUCACGAGAUGAUGCCACGUGACGAGGACAAACAAAUAGAAAAUGAUACGCCAUUAUCCUCUUUAAAGCUUUUAAUUCCCGCAUCCUGAACGAUCAGCGUUUGACAAGUAGCAAUUACUUGACAAUUGGACAAUAUUUUGUCAGUAAAAACACACCGCUUGAAAUCGGUCUAUUCACAUUUGAACCCAUCAGUCUAACAGGAGAAGCCAAGAGCAAGAGAACACAAAACAUGAUGACGUCAUAUUUCAUGUUUUUUGAGCUUGCCGUCGUGCUGAGCUUACUCAAUGAGAUUCAAGGGAUGGACUUCAUAUUCGGCAGUGAGGCCAAGAGAGUUUGUGAGGCCUACAAACUUAUCUGCCCGGCGAAGAAAGUCUGCGCUCUACAGACGAUUGAAUGGCCUUCACCUAUGAAGUUUCCAGUUUGUGUUCAUCGUCGCCAUUUUGAAGUGAAGUCAAGAAUUUGUCGCAAAGCCCCUGAGCCGGGAAGGUGUGGCGCCAAGUUUAUGAGAUGGUACUUUAACGUUCACAUGGGCGCCUGUAGCUGGUUCACCUACAGUGGUUGUGGCGGUAAUGAAAACAACUUUAGAACCGCUGAGGAAUGCGAGGCUAGGUGCACGGGCACUAAGGAGAAGAAAGGGGACAAGAAGGUGGACAACGAAGCCGUAGACUACGAAGAUGACAGCGACAUAGACGACGACUUCGAAGUUGAAAUAAAUGACGUUCGACCACCCAAGUUUAUUACCGCCCCUGCCAAGGCAGCGGAAGUGCUAGAGACGGACAACAACAUGAGGGCGUCGCUUGUAGGGGACACACAGACAGCCAAACCAAAGCAGCGCGUCGAUGGCGCGGCUGGGCACAAGGGGAGAAAAAAUAAAAAAGGGAAGGAUAAAAAGCAGAAGAAAAAUAAGAAAAGAAACAAUGCUAAAAAGCAAAAACUUUCAAAUAAACCAAGGGACGGUACUGAAAAAAAUAACUUGUCAAAUAAAGAUUUACCUCCCCUGGUUAAACCAGACUUGGUUAGAGGGAACGAAACCAAACCAAGCAAUUACUUAGAAAUGAGGUCACCGAGUACGAUGUUUAGAACAUCCGGUUUUCAUAAAGGGGGACAACUGUGGUUGAUGGACGGCAGGUUCAAGAAACCAGACGGCGGAAAACGUAAACAGAAAAGGAAACCUGUGACCCCCAGAGCUGUAAGUCCAACUGACCCAUCCUGGUCUGGGGUUGAGCAAGAUAAGUAUUACGACAGGGUGACGUUGUUCAAUAUCCUGAGAAAAGAUGACAGAUCAAACCCGGUGUAGAAGAUUGUUCCGUUGUGUAAAAAUUGCAAUGCUGAUGUCUGUUUUUUACAUUGCCCAUCACAACCACUAUGGGUUAACUAUUAAUGUGAAUUCAGGGGUUUACAAAUAUUCAGGCACUGGAUAUUAAAGGGUUAAUUGGACAGUUUAGUGUUGUGGUGAGGGGAGGGUAUAUUUUUGUAAUACAGUAAGUUAUGUUUACAAACUAGUAAUCAAUCUUUCAAGGGUUAACAACAGUUCAAUAGUAAGUACAAAACACAAUUUUUAAGGGGUUAACUAGGCUACAUGAGUUGCAGUUGAGCAAAUUCUUGGCUCUGAUAAAACUGGAUGCAUUAAUUAUAAUGUUAAUUUUAAUUUAUUUAAUGAGCAGGCUUUAAUUAAUAAAAUUAUUUUGUAACUCUGCCAGUUAUUUCAUAAAUAUGUCUGUUUUGCUAAUUCUGUGUAGAACUAGGUGACUGAGUAUUACUUUUGGGCUAAUGAUAGUUAACUUAAAUUCUGUUUAACUGAUACUAAUUUGCUUUAGAUAAUAUUUUUUUUUAAAUGUCAUAAAUUAAUGUAAUUUAGUUUCAAUUUUUAACACACACAAAAUUAAUAUUGAUGGCAAUUUAGAUUAAAUUUCAAACCAAAAAAUGUGUAUGUAGGCUAAUGAAUAACGUAAGCACAUAUAUAUUUGUGUAAAAAGUGUAAACAUUACUGCUUAACAUACAACAUAUAUUUUUAUCUUAAGCUUUACCAACUGUAAUGACACCUUUCUAUGCUAUGAUCCACUUUUCUUUUUAAAUUUUAAACCCACUUAAAUUUUUUUUUACAAAUGUUUAGAAUUUUGUAAUUGUCAACCACUGGUCUUGUCCAUGAAAUAUGACCAAUUAAGGUUAAUAUCCCUUUUUUACCCUCAUGUGCAGUUUCAGAAUAAUCAAUUAAAUUAUUUUAAUGUGUAUAUUUCUGGAAUAAAAAAUGUUGUAUAUUAAUAAUGUGUAUAUUUGUACACUUGUAUAACUCUCAUUGUCAUCAUCCCUCAUCACACUCUGCUAAGAAGUGUUUCAUUUUUUUAUAGCGUCAUCAUCAUUUAAAACCUUUUUUUUUUGCUUUGGUA